GUCGCGAACAGUCGCGGACUGCGGUGGGACGUGGGACAAUAAAGAAGUCGGUUAAGAAGUUGUGCACCAGUCUGCACCAGUCUGCGAUUAUUCACCAUCGCAUUAGCCGAAGCUCGUGUUUUUAUCGCUAUUUCAGUGAUUUGCUAUAGUGAAGAAAGUUAUUUAAUAUAAGCAUAAAAUAUAAGAAAAACGACUUCCAAAAUGGGCGAUAAUAUCGCAGAACACAUUUUAAUGACUCCCAAAUAUAAGUCUGCGAAUUCAACAACGAUUAUGAUAGAAAGGCAAGCUGUAGAGCCACCAGCAGAAGAAGGAAAUGAAGAGAAUAUUCAUGUUGCUGGAGGAAAUCACAAAGGAAUAGUUAUUAACAAACAAGCUGCUGCUGUCCCACAUGGUGAAGAACGUCCAGCGCAACUUUGCUUGCAAUUCAGAGUGUUCUUAGUGAGUGCUCAGACUGGAAAACAUACGCAAGAAUCUAGAACUCUUCAGUUUUGGUUCAUAGAUACAGUUCCUCAGGCUGAACAUCCCACUGAAGCGCAAGACUUCUUCAGAGAAUUAGUCAGCCCUCAGGAGUUUCCACGAGAUUAUGUUGGAUUUAUUACAAAAAUAAUGAAGUUAAUGUUGCGCAGAUACCCUAGUAUCAAAAAGAUAGAAGUAGAAAUGACACAGUUACAGGAACCAGUCAAUCUUCCAGCUCGACCAUUAUCUACAGAUGAAACAGUCAUGGGUCAAGUUACUGAACUGUCAUUGGAAAAGGUGUUAGAGUUAAUUGAAUCUGCUUAUCCAAAUCCAGUCACAGUUAUUGACUUAGCAAAAGAACAUGGUUGGGAUCCUUCUGCUGUUGAAGCAAAAUUGAAAGAAUUGCAAAUGAAAGGUGUUGUAAAAGCAAUGGAACAUGGAGCUUUCACAAGAGUUAUACAUCAAGAUACUCAAAUUCAAGUGGUAAAACAAAUGCCGACAAUGGCAAGUGCAAAGCAACCGACGAUAGCUAUCAUUACAGCGCAGUAUUGUGAAAAACUGGCAGUUGAUUCAAUGAUUGAAAAUAAAGAAACGUUUGUUCGUUACACUACUGUUGGUACGGCAAGCUCAAAAGACGCAACAAGUGGAGUACCACGAGUGACAUGCCGUUUUGGGGAAUCGAAUGUUUAUACAUUAGGCAACAUUGGUGCACACAGAAUUGUAUGCACAAAACUGCCAACUGUAGGUCAUACCAGAGAAGCAAUGACUGCAGCAGGAAAUACAACUACUAGACUGUUAGGUACAUUCCAAAAAGUAGAUUUUGUUUUUUUAAUUGGUAUUGGAGGAGGUGUACCUCACUACACUGAUUAUAACAAACAUGUACGACUUGGCGAUGUAGUUAUUUCACAUCCUGCUCCUGUUAACAAAAAGUACAUUUAUGUGUAUUGUGAAAGUGCGAAAGGUCAUGAAGGUAGUAAUUACCAAUUUGAAACCAAAGAAUAUUGUCCCCCGAAUUUAUGUCUUCAAGAAAUAGCUGCUAAUCUUAAAGAACAGUUGAAGAAUAAAGCAGAUCUUCCAUGGCAAAUGUACCUGAAAGAAGGUUUAGAUAUUCUAAACAACCAAACAGAACAUGAUUUCAAAGCACCUCCACCAGAAUCUGACAAACUGUAUAUGGCUAUUGGUGACAGAGAUGUUAUUGAAGUAGCGCAUCCCACUGCAUCUACAGACGCGAUUAAUGAAAGAACGGAUGGUUGUCCCCGGAUACAUUUGGGACCAGUGGCAUCCGGUAGACAUAUUGCUCGUGACGAUCAACUCAGACAGGAAUUCGCAGCCCGUUUCGGAGCACUUGCAUUCGACUCUGAAAUGGACGCCGUGGUUGAAAGUAUUUUGGGUAACUGCCGUGAAAGUUUCGCUGUGAUUCGAGGUAUUUCUGAUUACAAAGAUGGUUCUCGUGGAAAAGAAUGGCAGGCGCAUGCAUCUUUGGCUGCUGCCAGUGUAAUGAAAUCUAUCAUUUGCGCCAUGGAUCCACCAACUAAUGUGUAAAAUCUAAUAUAAUAUUUUCGCAGUUUUCACUUUUGUAUACAAGAUGGACCAACUGUCCUUAUUAGUUGAAACCGAUCGUAGCAUACAUUUGCUCACAAGCUGCACAUCCAUUACUUAAUGAACAGUGUGAUUCAAUUCUUUUCAUUUUAUGUUUCAUGUUGCAUUUAAUGGGACACGAAUCAGUCAUUAUUUUACGAUCGACAAGAAAGU